UGUAGUUUGUAUGACGUAAAAAAGAUGGCGGCGCAGUGGUGUUUAUCUUAUUGAUUCACACGCACUGAUCACAGAAAUGAAAAAGAGUCAUUUAUAUUCCACGCAGUUUAUUUUCAGCACGGAUUAUAUUUAUAUCGGACGAUUCCUCUGAUUUUUCCGAUUUUUGUUGUGGUCGGAAGGACCACGUUUUGUGGACAGUUUAAUAUAAACAUGUCUGCCAAAGUGGACGCCGUGGAGACAAGUGAGCCAAGUACAAAAAGCAGAAGUAGUUCUCACAGCAGAGGAAGAGAAAACCGGAAACGAGCAAGAAGCCGAAGCAGAUCGUCCUCAUCAUCUUCCAGUUCUUCAUCUUCCUCCUCAUCUUCAUCCUCUUCAUCACGGUCUUCAUCCAGCAGCUCAUCAUCACGUAGUAACUCCAGCUCCAGUAGCUCAGAUUCUUGCAAAAAACGAAGAAAAUCUUCCAAGAAAAGGAAAGAUAAACAUGGCAAAAAGAAAGGAAAAAAAGAGAAGAUACGGAAGCGGAAGAAGGAAAAGGGACACAAAGGACAGGACGACAGCUCUGGACCUGUUCAAAUUUCAAAGUAUCUUAAGGAAAAGAAGAAAACUGGCAAGUACAGUAUGAUUUCAGGGAAAAAGAUUAAAAUGAAAGUGAAAAAAUCAAAGAAGGACAAACAGAUGGACAAAAACAGAGCGGAACUGUUGGAGUUCUUAAACUCCACUUUCUGAUUCAGUCCAGACCUGGAACUGCACAACCAGACAACCUUUUUAUUUUCCCAUUAUUCGCCUGCCUGCCACUCAGGGAAAGACCAUCUUCAACUAUUAAUGUUGUUGCCUGAUGUUAUACAUUGACAGUUCCUUACCAUAAACUAUGUUGAUGGUUGUCCUCCUCUUUUUUUUUUUUAAAUUCCAGACUGUGUCCUGAAGUACUUAUUUUAUGUCUGAGUACUUGUACCCUAUGAGAACUGUAGCUUGGAUGUAACAUUGUUACAUGUUACUGAAAUUGUAUAAAAAGAAGUAUUCUUGUAUUCUCAUUUUUAAACGCAAACCUCAAGUACAUAGUAACAGAAUCAGUCCGGAUUUGUAAGCAAUUGUUCAGAAGGAUGUAAAACAUGAAGAGUUUGUGCUGAUUCAGCAGGGAGAUGAAGGCUGUAUAUCUCACAGACAAUUCACAAAAAGUUGAAACAACAUUGUAGUCGUGUUGUUCCAGUGGUGUUUCUUGUUAUCCAUGAUAAUCUGUAUAUUUACCAUGUUGAGCCAAAUGCAGAGGUAUGACUAGCAGGUAGUUGAACGCUUAUGAUCUGCCUUUGUGAGUCACAUGCAUCUGACUGUGCUGAUGACAAUACUGUUCAAUAAAUUUCCAUUUUGUGUCCUUUA